CCUAACCUUUAUUUAACCGCAUUUCGCAUGAAGUAUGACGGUUUACCACGACGAAGUGGAAAUUGAGGACUUCGAAUACGACGAGGACGAAGAAAUCUAUUACUACCCUUGUCCGUGCGGUGAUCAGUUUCAAAUUUCAAAGACCGACCUUACAGCUGGCGAGGACGAAGCUACAUGCCCUUCCUGCUCUUUGGUCGUUAAAGUCAUCUAUGACAAAGAGACAUUUGCUGCAAAACAGGAAGAAUUAGUUAAAGCAGACGAGAAGGAACUUCCUAUGGAGAAAGCUUGA